AUGCGGUGGAUCGGUUACGUGGCCACAAUUCUCUGGUGGUCGGGCAUCGCCAGGUCCCUCAGCACGGUGAAUCGAGGUCACAGUUACAAGAUCACCCCGAAACCCUGCAGAGUGCCGGGCGCGGAGUCGAAGGAAGGCACGUGCAUGUUCGUCUGGGAGUGCAUAAAGUCGGAGGGGACGCACGUGGGCGUGUGCGUGGACACGUUCAUGUUCGGUAGCUGUUGCGUGCACAAUUCGACGACGAACUCGAUCGCCGCGCCCCAUCAGCAGAACCACCACCAGCACGCGUCCUCCUCCGACCCUCUGAGACCGACCCUGGCGGAGGCUUUGGGCAACGAGGCCACCAGACCGACGCUGACGUCGCUGUCCAGCUUCCUGGUGACGGACACCAGCACAGCGAGGCCGAGUCACCGUCCAUCCGAGACGUUGGACACUUUCGGGGGGUCCAGCAGACCUCACAAGCCUCUGUCGUCCGAUUCCGGCAGGCCACAACAGAAGAGGCCGCACUCGAAGCCAACCACCGACCACAAGGACAGGAUCCAGACCUCGGCGGUGCCGAAUUCGUCGAGCUUCUGGGAGAAGGGCUCCCAGAGCACGAAGAGACCCGGCGCCUCCGAUCUGUGGGACAAGGGUAAUCAGAGUACGAGGAGACCUGGGACGUCUGAUGUCUGGGAGAAGGGUAGCCAAAGCACCAAGAGACCAGGCACCCCUGUUCCCUGGGAGAAGGGUAGCCAGAGCACGAGGAGACCUGGGACGUCUGAUGUCUGGGAGAAGGGUACUCAAAGCACCAAGAGACCUGACGUCUCUGAUAUGUGGGAGAAGGGCAACCAGAGUACCAAAAGACCGGGUACUUCUGACGUCUGGGAGAAGGGUAGCCAAAUCACUAGGAGACCAGGUACCUCUGUUGCCUGGGAGAAGGGUACCCAGAGCACCAAGAGCCCAGGUGCAUUUGAUGCGUGGGAGAAGGGUAGUCAAAGUACGAGGAGACCAGGGACGUCUGAUGUCUGGGAGAAGGGUACUCAAACCACGAAGAAGCCAGAUGCGUUUGAUUUAUGGGAGAAGGGUAACCAGAGUACGAAGAGACCUAGUACCUCUGAUCUGUGGGACAAACGUACCCAAAGCACUAAGAGACCAAGCGAUCUUUGGGACAAGGACUCCCAGAACACCAAGAGACCAGGUUCCCUCGACGUUUGGGAGAAGGGUACUCAGAGUACGAAGAGACCAGGCUCCCAGAACACGAAGAGACCAGCGUCCCAGAGUACAAAGAGACCUGGCACUACGAUCUACUGGGAGAACAACGUUCAAAACACGAAGAGACCGAGCCAUCACGAGAGUCAGAGUCCCCAACAGAAGACCAGGCCCGACGAUAGCCAACACACGGUCGUCAAGGAGAAGGACACCACCCACAAUGGGUUCCAGAGUCACCAUCAGGGUUUCAAGGAUAAAGUGGACACGGGUCACAACACGUUGGUGGUAAGACUGCCCGGGAAAGAGCAUGCGUCAGGCGAGGACGAAGGGAUCAGGCCUAACAGGCCGAGCAACCAAAGACCGUUCGAGUCGAGACCCGACGAGGGGAAGACCGAGGACGCUGAUCUCAGCGGGCAGGAGUCGGUGCAUCACCCAAACGUUAAUUCGCUCGAAGAAAACGAAACAGCCAAGGAACCUCACUCUAAUCUGAACUUUAUUCACACGGAGCGCCCACAGUGGGCGACGAAGCCAGUAUCGCCGAAACCGACCACGGAUUUCUCUAAACCGUACUUCUCGAUCAAGACUACCACUUAUCGGCCCGUCUCGAUAAACGACCAAACGAACUCGAGGCCAAAUUUCGUAUCGAAACCCAGUAGUUCGUACACGUCCAUGAAGACAACAACUACCAAGCCGACCUACUCCACUGGCCAAUCCACCACCAGCGCAGCCGGAUCCGUACCACAGACCUCUCACUGGCAAGUCACCACAGAGCCGGCGUUCGUCACGAAACAGAGGCCGUCUUCGUCCACGAAGCCGAUGAGUUCCCUAGAAACCGCUAAACCGUCGAGCGGCAGCUCUUAUUUCUGGUCGGAGAACAGCUGGACGCCGCCCAGGCCGUCCUUGAAACCGCACUGGACGGACAACCCUAGUCUCCUUCAGAACGGCCCUGAAGGAUUCCCGCCGCGACCGAGUUUGAAGCCUACGGAACCACAAGAAAUCACGGAGUUUCACAAGCCCCUCGGUUCGGCGCACUACAUAACGACAUCCCACUUCGAGACGUCCGCGAGGCCCAGACCCACCAAGAAGACCACCACGUCGACUACCACCACGACGACAACCACUACUACCACGACCAGCACGACGACGACGACCACGACCACACCGAAACCGGACACCACCGUUUCCACCACCGAGACGACCGCCAAGACGGGCUCGGUGCUGACAGUGUCCGCGGCCGACGAGAGCAAAGGCACGCAGUGCGGCGUGCCGCCCCUGUUUCCGCGGCCGGAAACGAGGAUCGUCGGCGGCAAGGACGCGCCGUUCGGUCGAUGGCCUUGGCAGGUGUCGGUUAGACGCACGUCGUUCUUCGGCUUCUCGAGCACCCAUCGUUGCGGCGGAGCGGUGCUGAACGAGAACUGGAUCGCGACGGCGGGACACUGCGUGGACGACCUGCUGACUUCGCAGAUCCGGAUCAGGGUCGGCGAGUACGACUUCUCGUCGGUUCAGGAACGACUGCCGUACGUGGAGCGCGGCGUAGCGAAGAAGGUGGUGCACCCCAAGUACAAUUUCUUCACGUACGAGUACGAUCUGGCGCUGGUCAAGCUGGAGAGCUCGUUGACGUUCGCGCCCCACAUCUCGCCCAUCUGUCUCCCGGCCACGGACGAUCUACUGAUCGGCGAGAACGCGACUGUCACCGGCUGGGGGAGGCUCAGCGAGGGUGGGACCUUGCCCUCGGUGCUGCAGGAGGUUUCCGUGCCUAUAGUGAGUAACGAUAGAUGUAAGUCAAUGUUCCUGAGGGCUGGUAGACACGAAUUCAUACCAGACAUAUUCCUGUGCGCCGGAUACGAGACGGGAGGUCAAGAUUCAUGUCAGGGAGACUCUGGCGGUCCUCUUCAGGUUAGAGGUAAAGAUGGCCGCUACUUUCUGGCCGGGAUCAUAUCCUGGGGAAUCGGUUGCGCCGAGGCGAACCUGCCAGGCGUGUGCACGAGGAUCUCGAAGUUCGUUCCUUGGAUACUGAAGAACGUGACCUGA